GCCGCCUCUCCUCCCCUCCCGCGCGCGCGCGCGGCGUGUGACCGAGUGAGUGAGUGAGCGAGCGAGCGAGCGGCCGUCGGUCGCGCGGCUGCGUGCGCGCGCGCGUGUGUGUGUGUGCGCGUGGGGCGGCGAGGCGCCUCCCCGCAGCCCGCGCCGCUCUCGCCGGAGCGCCGGCGGCCGGGCAGGGGGGCCCGGGCCGGCGGCCGGGGCAUGGAGAGCCUGCUGGAGAACCCGGUGCGCGCUGUGCUCUACCUGAAGGAGCUCACCGCCAUCGUGCAGAACCAGCAGAGCCUCAUCCACACCCAGCGCCAGCGCAUCGACGAGCUGGAGCGGCGGCUGGACGAGCUGAGCACCGAGAACCGCAACCUCCGUGGGCAGCAGCCGGCCCCCGCCGAGCCGCCGGCCGCCCCCGCUCCGCCCCAGGGGCCCCCGCCCGAGCAGCCCCCGCCGCCGCCGGGCCAGCCCGACUCGCUCCAGCACCACCAACAGCUCCCGGCGCCGCAGCCGCCGCCGGGCAAGCAGGCACCGGCGGGGCCCGGCGGCAGCGGCCGGGCUCCCGGCCACCAGCACCCCCCGCUCCAGCCCCACCAGCACCCCGCGGAGAAGGACGGCAGGGAGAAGGGCUGCUGCCCCGCUUUGCUCCAGCACAAGACCCCCUCGGCCAUCGGCAAAGGCGUCCUGAGCAGGAGACCGGAGAAUGAAACUGUUUUACAUCAGUUCUGUUGCCCAGCAGCUGAUGCAGAGCAGAAGCCUUCAUCUCCGGACUCCUCACCAAGUGACGAUCUCAGCGGUUCCACAAGCAAGAAAGCCGGGUGUGAAACGGAGGAUCCGAAGGAGGCCGGCAGACAGAGUGGCCAGGAAGGCAGGUCCGACACCCAGACGCUAAAAGCCCAGCAUGCGGAGCUCCAAGAAGAGCAGGCAGCGGGGUGUUCCCCUCUGGUGCAGAAGGCGAGCCUCCACCACACGGGCUCCCCAGUGAGAGUGCAGCGCAGCAAAGGGACGGCCUCGUGUUCCCAUGCAGCUGCCUCCGAUUAUGAGCUCUCCCUUGACCUAAAGAAUAAACAGAUCGAAAUGCUAGAGCACAAAUAUGGAGGUCACCUGGUAUCUCGCAGGGCAGCCUGCACCAUCCAGACUGCUUUCCGGCAGUACCAGCUCAGCAAGAACUUUGAGAAGAUCCGCAACUCACUGCUGGAGAGCCGCAUGCCACGCCGCAUCUCUCUGAGGAAAGUCCGGGUCCAGAACUCAGAGAGCUUCUCCACUGAGAAAGCCCUGGUGGAGGGGUACAACUUUGUGGGCAUCCCAUUGGUAAGGUCCCCAUCUUUGCCAGCCACCAUCAGUGGGGCGCUGACUGAGCUGGAGGACUCCUUCACGGAACAAGUUCAGUCCCUGGCCAAGUCUAUUGAUGAUGCCCUCAGCACCUGGAGCCUGAAGACCAUGUGCUCCCUGCAAGAUGGGGGCUCGUACCAGAUAAGGGAGACCUUCAGUGCCAGCUCAAUGCAGCCAAACCAAGACUUAGAAGCUGAGGUGCAGGACAAGGAGAAGGAGGAAGGGCUCUUGCCAGAUACCCUACCCAAGAGCAGCAGCACUCUCAUGAUGGCUUUUCGAGAUGUCACAGUCCAGAUUGACAACCAGAACAUCUCUGUCUCAUCGUCUACCUCGGUGUCCAUGGCAAACUGCCUCAGCAGCAAUGCCCAGGCUGAGCUUUCUCAAGCUAGCAAGGCUGAAGAAAGCCCAGGAGAAGGGGAGGGAGAAGCCAGUGAACAACCAGCUGCCCCAGAGAGCCUACCUGAGUCCAGCGCUCUCCAGAACAGCCACACUUUCACCGAGGUGAAUGUCAGUACUAAUGGCACAGGAGAGAGCAGUGCUGAGCCUGGGCAGAUGGCAGUGCAGAAGCUCCAGUUUGAUGCCAGCAACGAGACAGGGCAAAGCAAAGGCUCUGAGUCUGAGAAUGCAGACAACUCAGAGCAGCUGAGCAGCAGCAGUACUUCUACUUCAGCCAAGUCAGCCUCUGAGGUGUCCUCAAAAGAAGCACUGCAGGCCAUGAUCCUCAGCCUCCCAAGGUACCACUGCGAGAACCCAGCUAGCUGCAAGUCCCCCACACUUUCCACAGACACCAUGAGGAAGCGUCUUUACCGCAUCGGGCUGAACCUCUUUAAUAUAAACCCAGACAAAGGGAUCCAGUUUCUGAUCUCCCGAGGCUUCAUACCGGACACCCCCAUUGGAGUGGCACACUUCUUGCUCCAGCGGAAAGGCCUCAGCCGCCAAAUGAUUGGGGAGUUCCUGGGCAACAGCAAGAAGCAGUUCAACAGGGACGUCCUGGACUGCGUGGUAGACGAGAUGGACUUCUCAGGCAUGGAGCUGGAUGAAGCCCUGCGGAAAUUCCAGGCUCACAUCCGCGUGCAGGGGGAGGCGCAGAAGGUGGAGCGGCUAAUUGAGGCUUUCAGCCAGAGGUACUGCAUGUGUAAUCCAGAUGUGGUCCAGCAGUUUCACAAUCCAGACACCAUCUUCAUCUUGGCCUUUGCAAUCAUCCUUCUCAACACGGACAUGUACAGCCCCAACAUCAAGCCUGACAGGAAGAUGAUGCUGGAGGACUUCAUUCGCAAUCUGAGAGGAGUGGACGACGGUGCUGACAUCCCACGGGAGCUGGUGGUGGGGAUCUACGAGAGGAUCCAGCAGAAAGAGCUAAAAUCCAAUGAGGACCACGUGACUUACGUCACUAAAGUGGAGAAGUCCAUAGUUGGAAUGAAAACGGUUCUGUCUGUGCCACAUCGCCGACUGGUCUGCUGCAGCCGCUUGUACGAAGUGACUGAUGUGAACAAAGUGCAGAAGCAGGCAGCUCACCAGAGGGAAGUUUUUCUCUUCAAUGACUUGCUGGUGAUCCUCAAGCUUUGCCCCAAGAAGAAAAGCUCCUCAACGUACACAUUUUGCAAGUCCGUCGGCCUGCUAGGGAUGCAGUUCCAUCUCUUUGAGAAUGAAUAUUACCCCCAUGGUAUCACACUGGUGACUCCAGUUUCAGGCUCAGAGAAGAAACAGGUACUACACUUCUGUGCUCUCGGUGCUGAGGAAAUGCAGAAGUUUGUGGAAGAUCUGAAAGAAUCAAUAGCAGAAGUGACAGAGCUGGAGCAGAUACGAAUUGAAUGGGAGCUGGAGAAACAGCAAGGGGCAAAGACUCUCUCAUUAAGGACCAACGGAGCCCAGAUGGAACUGCAGUCCAAGCAAGGCUCUCCAACAGGCAAGAAGGAUUUGGGAGAGAAAGUCUCGGACAGCACAGUGGAGGUUUUAAUCAAUGCCUCCCCAGCCAGACUGACAAUUUUACCAAUUUCCAGAGAUACAAUUAAAAGUUACUGCUAGGACGGGUGUCAAUUCACAACAGGCUUCAAACGUACCAGCACAACUCCGCCCUGGGGCCCGAGAGUGGAAUGCAGCCCAGCAUGCGUCUUAACAUGCCACGGGAGCGGCUGGAGACAGCACUGGUGCCCUCGCACCCCGCCUCGGCGGGGACACUUGUACAGUGCCAGCAGAUUGUCAAAGUCAUUGUCUUGGACAAGCCGUGCCUCGCUCGAAUGGAGCCGGCCCUCAACCAGACUCUGACACGCUACGUCACCUCCGAUUCCUGCACCUCCACCCCCUGGCGCGGUGUGGGCAGUGGGCUCUCCGGGACCCCCAUGAAGCUGGUCCAUCAGCCUCCCCUCCCACCUCCACCACCCCCCUACAACCACCCCCACCAGUAUUGUCCCCCCAGCUCCCUGCUUCAGAGGCGCAGGUACUCCAGUGGCUCACGCAGCCUCGUGUAGCCACACCACCAGCACCAAAACAGCACAGACUUCCCUGCUUCCCUUCCCCACGACCUCCCGGGGACCCUUUCUGCCUACAGAGAUCUAGUUUGUGAAUUAUUUUUUAGUAAAAGAAGAAGAAAAGAAAAAAAAAAAAGCUGACAGACCUAACUCUUACCUUGUCUCCCCUCAAGAUGAUGCUAAUUGUGAGGAGCCAUCUGUAGAAACCGCCAGCCUACAUGCUCACACAUCCUCACACCCUGCCAGCCCUGCUGGCCUCCCUUGCUCGUGCUGUCCCCGAGUAGCACUUUGCUGCCCUGUUCCUGAGAGGCUUGAUGACCUGCUGCUUUAUAGGCACCGUGUCUUCCGUUUGCUACUCCUCAGCCUCCUUCCCUGCCUUGCAUUUACCUGGCCAUAGGCUUGUACCCACCUCAAAACUUCGCCAGCCUCGGAGAGAAACAGACUCACCCGUGCCAAGGACCGACCUUGGGGCACUCCCGGGGGUGGAGUUCUCCCUCCCACUGCUGCUGCUGCCUGCUAAGCUAGAGCUGAGAACUUGUGCUGCUGGCCAUGCUUUCUCCUCAUCGCUCUUCAGAUACUAUCUCCUUGCAGCAGCCGGUUCCAAGCGAAGGAGUGCAUGAGUGGAAGAGAUCUCAAGAGAAGGAGAGACUGUCCUGAGCUGCAGUGCAACGCAAAGAUGGCCUCACUCUGAACACCAAAACUCUUUCUGUUGUUAUAUUGGAGCAUUGUACCAGAGACCUCUGCUGAGACCUGGCAGACCUCAUCACAUGUAAAUACACCUGUAUGGUAGCGUAUGUACGGCGCAUGCUUACUAAAGGAAACACCAAGCAGUUCUGAGGGAGCAGAAGGGAAGGAUUGAGCCCAGGAAUCUUCCUGGAAUAAGUACUUUUCCAAAGAGAUGGCACCAAGAAGUGCCCUCCCACCUCAACAUACACACACACACACACACACACACACACACACAAAGAUUGUCUUUAGCAUAAAACAAACGCACCUCUGCUGUCCUCCUUCAAGCUGGUUUUGUGUUUCCUGCCCACCUGUUUUUUAUAUUCUGAAAGCAAAGCCAAGUGUUAUGUUCACCUUCUGACGUGGAUGAUCCCUUCACGUGGGCUCUUCCAACUGUGUUAGACAGAAGGGGCUUUUUAGAGACCACCCGUGUGAGGUCUGUAUCCCAUCUGUAUCUCUUGCCUCCCUAUACUGUCGCCUCCAUCAGCCCUUCCUAUAGAAUAGCUGCCCAGAUACCAGACUCCAGGGCCUCUUCUCUCCCUCCCCAUCCCAGCUUCAAAGUGAGGGGAGGGGAAGAUCCUGAGAUAGAGAAGACAGCUCAGCUCCUCUGCUUUAUUGGGGACACUGAUGUGAAGGAAGACAGCAUUAAAAAUGGACUAUGGAUGUAUUUUUAGAAAAAAAAAUCUCUUUGAGCAGUAGGGAGGGGAAGGUAUUAAUUAGCUUAAAGGCUUUGGUCUCGCUCUAUCUCUCUUCGAGGCUUAAGAAGAUCAACUUUAGGAUUUUAAAAUAGGACAGAAUGCCUUUUAGGGUCUUUAUUUUUAUUUUAUUUUAAGAGGGAAAGAAAUUAUGUUCCCAUACAAGAGUGAGACAUGAGCACUGGGUGCCGAUGACACAGCUGUUGGAUGAGGAGUGGCAGAAGCUGUUGGCAGUGAUGGGGAUGUGCAAAAUGUCAGGGAAAAAGAGGCAGUGAAGGCAGAUGCAGGAAACUCGCUUUUACCUUGUGGGGUAAAAGCCACAGAGCAAUUUCCUUAGAGAUUAUGCUAGUAUGCUCAUCUCUGGAGGCUAUUGUCAGUGACAAAAUCCACAGUGCAUCAGGGACUGGCUCUCCUCAGUGCUUUUGGGAUGUCUACUGGCUCUGCUGAAGUGUUCAGAUGAAAGAGUUCACAGAUUUGCCCGGGGCAUAAGCCCAGCUGGGGUUAGGGAAGCGGGCAGAGGCUGGGGUCAAACCCCCCAGGGCCAGAGCCUGCUUACUUUCAGGUCCCCUUAUUUCUGAGCCUGACCCAAGUACCCAGGUGUGCCAACAGGUCUAAAUUUUUUGCUUAUCUCUCUGGAGCAGGGCACUAGGCUGCCACUUUUAUACGCAAUAGGAGAUGUACUGACCAGGAGCCAACAGGCGCAGCCUCAGGGAGGACUGUGGAAGUAGAAGACAGAAAGGAUUGCUAGAAAGCCCUCAAGGGAAGCCCAGACUCCCUCCAGACCAGAGAAGCUUUCUUCUAGGCAGCCCCCCGGGGCAGUGAGGAUGCUGCACAUCUCAAAACUGGCCCUGGGGAGAGGUCCUCACCCCCAGCCAGGGCUCACCCUCCAGCCAGCUGUGAGGCACAGCUGGCCUGAUCUGCUGCUAUCUCCCUCCAAGGUGACACCCCGCUGGCUCACAGCAGCUGGGCUCUCAUCCAACCUGCCAAUAGCUUCCUGGGAUAGCAUUUGUGUGGCAUCUGCUAUUGUCUGGCCAAUGUAGCAAGUGGCUGCCAUUUUAUUUGCACUCACUGCUGCGGUGAGAGUGGUGGUAUCCAGGAGGCACUGGCACUGCUCUCCCGUCUCAGCUGUUACUUGGGUGUCUGAGAGGAAUGGCAGUCCUUGCUUGUUUUUUUUCCCAGAGUGCAGUGAGCUGCUCAAGGUCUCUCUGUGUGUGUUAAAAUAAAUAAAUUAGAUUUUACUUGACAUUUAACACAAAGUGACAACAACAAAAACCUUAAGGUACUUGAUGAAAUAAUUUUUUUAGAUAAAAUAUUUAUAACAAUGUCUAUGAAGUUCCUACAAGAGAGGUUUGCUGCUUUAAUAAUUGAUUGGGAGAUUUACAAGAAUGUAAAGAAGAAAUAAGGACGCUUCCUUCUUAUUGCUGGGUGAAGGAUGGAAGUGUGUUAUCUGAAAUGCCGGAGUACCUGCGGCACAGCAGCCUCUCAGGGCGAGUUGGCUCCUUUUACCUGACCUUGCAAAGGCUACUGCUGGCCUUGAGCUUUGGACAGAGAAGCAAACAUAGACAACCCUUGCUGUCUUCUGACCUGCUGGCUGCAACAUCUUCUGUCAGGUUUAGCUGGAGAGACACCUAAACGCUCUAUUCCAGGUUGUCGUGGAACAAGUUGCUCUAAAUUCUACUGUGUAGCUGAGCCCUUCGGACAUUACUUCAAAAUAUGUUGGUUUUGUUUUGUUUUUUUUCCUUUGAAGGUUGGUCUCGAAGGAUGACAAGCACUUUAAAGCAUGUCUACACCUCAUCUGAUCUAUUGUGUUGUCUGCUCCCGCAGCCCUCCCUCAUGCAAGCAAGACACACAGACUCAGUGUAGCAGUAGUACUGUGAACAGACACCCUUGCACACAGACUGACGGCUGACAGGGUGCAGGCUAGAAGGAGUGUGUCAGCGACAACUUUAAUGAAGGGUGAAAUUUGUACCACAACUGGCCCAGAGGGACCAGCCCAAAGAAAAAUCACCAGCUCUUGCAGUGGUGAUUCUGAUCGUGAACCUAGCACAAUUUUCCAGGUGGUGGGAUCAGGCAGGAAGCUGCUGCAGAGAUUAGUCUGACCCAAAUAAACCAGUGACUUUUUGCUGUCAAAUUCAUACCUUUCUACAUUAAAAAAGGAUAAGGGGGAGAGAGAAAAGAGAAACCCAGUAAAGAGCAUUCUGCAGUGAGUGUUAGGUACUCAGUGGCCAAACAAAAGGUGGCUCUGCUGGAAGGUGGCAGAGAGCAAGGUGUUCCUGAGAGCUGCCACACACAAACUGUCAGGCUCUGGCCCGAUUCUCUCGCUCAUUCUGGUGCAGGUCCAGUGAGAUUAAUCUGUUUAUACCAGUAGCAAAGGGAUGGAAAAAUGUGACAGGAGAAUCAAGCUUUGGGCAAACAAUUCGGGUUUAAUGCAGUGUUUGUUUGCUGCUGUAGUACUUUUAAUGCCAUAAUCUGGGCCACUGUGGUGGCAACACUUAGUUCUUCAAAUCAUCCAACUGUUCGUGUCUCCUUUCCUCCCUGUAGCUGAAAGGUGUGAGUAUGGUCCACAACCAGAAUUUCAUAAAUGCUCAGACUUCUUCAAGAAGAAUAUACCACCAGAUUUGGAAGUAUUUGAGGGCCUCUGAGCUGUAAGAGUUUGAGUUUUGUUACAUGUUUUUCAGAAGGCUCAACCUGCAACUAUCUGCAUGUGUUUGUGAGGUUUCCAAAAUGAAUCCGAGCCCUAAAUCAAGGAAGCUGCUGCUUGGCACAGUCUCUGCUUUGAAAUGCGAGUUGCUGAGCAAGCUCCCCCGUCUCCCGCUCCACCAGCCGCCUCACUGUGCUAGUGUAGGCUCCAGGGAUUGCCGGCCGUGUUUCGUGAGCUAGAGCUGUCCUUGUCCUGCCCGCUCUUUCCCAGCCACGCCUGGGACAGCAGCUUUGAAGUCACCCAGCUCUUCAACACUACUCACAACCCCAUCUGAAUGUGUCUUUUGCAAACAAUCAAACAAACAACCUAACAACAGAAAUGUUACCUGUGUGUAGGCUUUUGAAAGCACCUGUCUGUCUGUACUUGUUUCCUGCUGUAAAUAUCACCAAGAAAAGCUUCAGUGGGGAAAAGCGGUGUGGUCACACCUAGCGAAGAGUCCAAAUGGCUAAUAUUUUGUAACAAAAUAACAAAAAAUAGACCAGAGGUAUUUUAUCUGUUCGAUUAAUAGAGUUUUAGAAAUUAUAUUGAGAUAUGUCACUUGUGCACUAAUGUCGUCUUUGCCUCAGCCUCCCCCUCAUCCCCGUGUCCCCUGGGCUCCAUUGGUGUGCGCAGACACAGGGACGCACACCAAGGGUCGGCUCCCAGGGACCGCGGAGCAUCCUGGCUUCCCGCUGGCCUCGGGGACAGCUGCCCCCGCCGCUGCUGCUGAUUCUUCAUGGGAUGCAGCAGGAGGCAGCUCAGCGCUCAGGCUCUCUGAGGACAAAUCCAGAGGAAACCAGGAAGAAAUAAUCUUGUCCAAGAGAUGGCAACUCAAUGUGAAAUUCACCCCUGCAGUGAGGCAGAGAGGAAAAGGGGGAUGGAGCGGGUGGGGGAGGUAAAGCCCUUCUGCGCUGCUGCUCCUUGCUUUACAUCUUUCUGGCACACAGCAGAGCCAGCCCCAAGCCCUCUGCUCAUGUCCGUGUAUCUCUGCGCCCCUGGGGAAGGAGGUCACACAUCCACGCAAAGUGCCCGCGUGUGCGCGCUGCGGCAAGGAGAGCAGCUCCGCAAGCCGCGUGUGCCAACGCGUGUGUUGGGCGCCAGCUGGCCAGGGAGAAAGUCAUGCACCCAGAGACAUCAGCACAUACUGUGUGUUAAUGCACACACCAUCUGCCAAUGUGUAGGGCUAUAUGGCAGAUAACAUGUAGGCACCUCGACUGUCCAUGCAGCCGAACAUGCCGUGCAGAAAAGCCUAUGCAGCCGUGCGCUGCCUGAGCAGCACAGCUGUGCCGGCUGCACUUGCCAUUGCAGCACAUCUCGCAAACAACAUAGGCUCAGGCUUGGUUAAAUUUGGACAGGAGACACUUAAGGAAAAAGACAUUUCCCAUGCAAAUCAGAUACACGCACAUAUUUACACGAACCAUAACCCUAAGGUUAAUGAAACUGACCUUUGCGAAGUUCUGCACAGGGAUGAGAAAGAUGAUCAGAGACACACGUGCACACAGAGUAGCUCUGCCCUGGGAUGGGUGGGGGAAGGCAACCUACAUCUCUGCAGCUGAGUCAAACAGAUGCUGUGCUCAGAUUGCACCUGCUAAAAAGCCCUGUCUAUAGGUUGCAAAUUCUUUGCUGGCUUCCUUUGAACCCCUUAGGUCCCCAGGGCCAUGCUGAAAUACUCAGGAGGACAGAAAUCCCUCUGAGACACAGACAGGAAAUUUCCCAGGGAAUCAGAGGCUUAAGUUCAUGGUUUUGUGUGCCACAGAUAUAUUAUAAAUCAGCCCAUCCCAAACAGUCAUUUUCUAAGAUGUUUUGAAAUAGGAGGUUAUUAUUGGAGAAGUUUCUGCCUGAUAUUUAGAUCACACACAUGGCUGUAAAGAUGAAAGCAAUAAAAACAGAUUGUCUACAUGUGAAAUAC